GGGCCCACCCGCUCAUCGACUCCGCAUACCGAGGCCCUUGGCAGCAAGAUUAAAGAACAGAAAAUUAUUGUGGAUGAACUUUCUAACCUGAAGAAGAAUUGGAGAGUAUACAAGCAGCAACAGAAUAGCAACAUAUUCUUUCCUGAAGAUCAAACAAAAAUGUUUUCUGAAAGCACAAAUACAUUAGACGAACUAAAAAAAGAAUACCAAGCAUUAGAAAACUCAGACACAGAGAAACCAAGAGACAUAUUGCUUUCUCUAUGGCUCAUUCAUGAGAAAUUCCUAAUGAAAUAUAAUGAAAGUACAUCAAGCAUUUGA